UGAGAAGAAAGCUGAAGAAGAAAAGUUGAAACGUGAGAAGGCAGAAGAAGAAGUUAGGUUGAAAGCGAAGAAAGAGAGAGAAGAGUUCCAUGCCCUUCUUAGUACUGAGAUGAAUACUAAGUUGGAUCAGAUGUACGAGGCUGUGCGUGGAAAAAGUGUGCCUUAGCAGGAGAAGGAGAUUGUGGAACUCGAACAGCAGAUGGAAAGACUUCAACGCUCCCAGUCUCAGAGGAACACUGUUGGUACGUCUACACCUGGGCCGGUCAAUUGGAACGGUGCCAGCACUUCGGGUAAUCAAGUUGCGCAAGACAAAGUUGUUGCCCGACUAAUUCAAGCGCUGGAGGAGUUGAAGGCUAAACUUGAGAAACGAGUGGAAACAAUGGAAGGAGAAAUUCGAUCUUUGAGACUCAUGAAGGAUGAAGCUGCUGCUGAAGUCGAGAUUUGGAAGAAGAAAGCCCUCCGAACGGGUAACAAGCGGAGCCGAAUCGCUCUUUCCCCCGGGGCACAGUUGAAAGUUGACUCCCAAUCAACCCCUGUGAAAUCGCCUGGCAAAGCACGACUGCUGAGUGAUCACGCCGCUCACGCGUGGAUCGUGGAGCUGCACAAUUUGGAAGUUAAUGCCCUGAAGGAGUUACGACUGCAAGAACUUAAUCGUCGAAGAGCGGCUGAACAAUGCCUCGCCGAGAUGGAAGAACGAAUGGAGUCUAAUGGAGAAGCUGAAGAUGGCAACGCCACGUUCCAAUCUCAGGGAAUGCCAGUCGAACAUUGACUUUGAAAUCUAAGAAGAAGGUGGCAGCUGAACUAGUGGUGAAGAAUGCCAAUAAUAGGGAAACCUUUAUCAAAGAGAACGGUUGAGACUUGAAGCAGCUGAAGAUGGAGGCCGUACGAAAGAUUUGUAGUGAUGAAGGAGUGGAAUGCACCACACUGGCUCAGACAGUCAAAUCAAUCAUUGUGAAGCGU